AUGCAGGUCGAAGUCAACCCUAACGAGGAUACUGAGUGGAAUGAUAUUCUUCGUCAACAUGGCAUUAUUCCUGAGAAGCCUAAGGACCCUGAACCAUUGAUCCAAGAAGCCUUAAUCGCAGCCCAGCACAGGGCAUACGAGAACCGUCUGGAGGAUAAGGACCUGGAUGAGUUGGAUGCACUGGAAGAUGAAGAGGACGAAGGCUUCCUCGAGCAAUACCGGCAAAAACGUCUUGCCGAAUUCUCCAUUCUACAGCAAACCAGCAACUUCAACCAAGUGUACCCUCUCCAGAAAGUCGAUUACGCACGUGAAGUGACCGAUGCCUCAAAAGAUGCCUUUGUCCUCGUGAACCUUACAUCCCAAGGCGCCAACGUUGAGUCCCGCGUGCUGACAGAGCUCUGGCGACAACUGGCCGCAAAGUUUGGCGAUAUUAAGUUCUGUGAGAUCCGAGCCGAUAUGUGUAUUGAGGGGUAUCCUGAGCGGAACACACCCACAAUUCUCGUGUACAAGGAUACCGAGAUUCGGAGACAGUUGGUUACGCUGAGGGAGUUGAAGGGAGUGCGAACUAAGUUGGCGGAUCUUGAGAAGCUACUUGUCGAUAUUGGAGCAUUGAAGGAAAGUGACGUCCGACUGAAGAAGAACUCCGACGAUGAUGAAGAUGAAUACCGCAAGAAGGAUGAUGACCUCAAUGUGGAGGACUACGAUGAUGAUUGGGAUUAA